AAGCCAACUGCACAGCUGGCAGCCAUAUUUGUGCGGGGCGUCGGGUUCUUUUUUUCUCUCUCUCUCUCUUUUUUUUUUUUUUUGGCUGUCUGUCUGUUUUGGUGGGGCGUGAUGGAGGGAAUAGGUAUGGCAGCAGUAUUUAUGCGGAGCAAAGCCACUGUCAUCCUUGUGCAUGGCUCAACCCAAGAAAUCUGAGACAGUCCCCGGUCAACAGUUGUGUUCGCCGGCCACUCCAAGAGUGACACUCAAGGACACUAGCCAGACUUGAACGCACGUGACCGCCUCCACAGCUUAGGCGGCUUUCGGAGGCGGAGAGCGCGAGCUGGACAGCGCCUACCGUUGUGACCCCACUGCUAACGGCAGAGCUAGAGGUCCGUCUCCACAAGCCCCGCCCUCCCUCCCUCCGUGGCCACUCCCAGGCGUGGGCCCAGCCCCGGCUCGGGGCUAGCGGCCGGGAACUGGGAAAAAGCUCCGCCCCGUGAGUCCUGCCCCACCGGCAGCCCGCCGGGCCCGGUGGCCGCGGGGCCACCUCUACUGGCUAGCGGCAGUGACUCGGCGACCUUGAACCUAUAGCCCGAGCCGCGAACCCACUGACCCCAGCACCCCAGCAGUGGCGCAGACUUUACCCAGCGCGAGGGGCGGAGCGGACCGAGUGUCCGCAAACAAGCUGGGACGAUGUUAGCCUUUGCUGCCAGAACCGUGUCCAGGCAGGUGGCUGCUCUUGCUAGUUACUGCUCGUCCAAUUGGUAGCACAGUUAGGCUUAGAGAUCCAGCCCAGGCAGACAGACAGGGCUCACAUCCUCAGUACUGCCAUGGAGGACGAGCAGCAGAGAGAGAAGGUUAAACCCUUGGGCCUCCUCAAGCCCUCCUCCUUGAUGAAGGUUUCUGGUCGCUUCAAGGCCCACCAGGAUGCAUUGCCAAGGCUGCCUGUGCCCCCACUUCAGCAAUCCCUGGACCAUUACCUCAAGGCUCUGCAGCCCAUCGUGAGUGAGGAAGAAUGGGCUCACACCAAGCAACUGGUGGAUGAGUUUCAGACCUCAGGAGGUGUAGGGGAACGCCUGCAGAAGGGACUGGAGCGCAGGGCCAAGAAAAUGGAGAACUGGCUGUCUGAGUGGUGGCUCAAGACAGCCUAUCUCCAGUUCCGCCAGCCUGUGGUCAUCUACUCCAGUCCAGGAGUGAUGCUGCCCAAGCAGGACUUCAUGGAUCUACAGGGUCAGCUCCGGUUUGCUGCCAAACUCAUCGAGGGUGUAUUGGAUUUCAAGUCCAUGAUUGACAACGAGACGCUGCCAGUUGAGUUCCUGGGAGGACAGCCACUGUGCAUGAACCAGUAUUAUCAGAUCCUAUCUUCUUGCCGUGUGCCCGGCCCCAAGCAGGACUCAGUGGUGAACUUCUUAAAGGCAAAGAAACCACCCACACAUAUAACCGUGGUGCAUAACUACCAGUUCUUUGAGCUGGAUGUGUACCACAGCGAUGGGACACCGCUCACCUCAGAUCAGAUCUUUGUGCAGCUAGAGAAAAUAUGGAAUUCCUCACUGCAAUCCAACAAAGAGCCUGUGGGCAUCCUAACCUCCAACCACCGAAACACCUGGGCCAAGGCCUAUAACAACCUCAUUAAAGACAAAGUAAACCGCGAGUCGGUGAACUCCAUACAGAAGAGCAUCUUCACUGUGUGCCUGGACAAGCAAGUGCCCAGAGUAUCAGAUGAUGUCUACCGUAACCGUGUAGCAGGCCAGAUGCUACAUGGUGGUGGCAGCAAGUUCAACAGUGGCAACCGCUGGUUCGACAAGACACUGCAGUUCAUUGUGGCAGAAGAUGGCUCCUGUGGGAUGGUCUAUGAGCAUGCAGCUGCCGAAGGGCCCCCCAUUGUUGCUCUUGUGGACCAUGUCAUGGAGUAUACAAAAAAGCCUGAGCUUGUGCGGUCUCCCAUGGUGCCCUUGCCAAUGCCUAAGAAGCUGCGGUUCAACAUCACACCCGAGAUCAAGAACGACAUAGAGAAGGCCAAACAGAACAUCAGCAUCAUGAUCCAGGACCUGGACAUCAUGAUGCUGGUAUUCCAUCACUUUGGAAAGGACUUCCCCAAGUCAGAGAAGCUAAGCCCUGAUGCCUUCAUCCAGAUAGCCCUGCAGCUGGCAUACUACAGGAUCUAUGGGCAGGCGUGUGCCACAUAUGAAAGUGCCUCUCUGCGCAUGUUUCACCUGGGCCGCACUGACACCAUCCGCUCAGCCUCCAUAGACUCGCUGGCCUUUGUCAAAGGCAUGGAUGACUCCAAAGUGCCGGAGCACCAGAAGGUGGAGCUGCUUCGGAAGGCUGUGCAAGCCCACCGAGCCUACACUGACCGAGCCAUCCGAGGGGAGGCCUUUGACCGGCACCUGCUGGGUCUGAAGCUGCAGGCCAUCGAGGACCUGGUGAGCAUGCCUGACAUCUUCAUGGAUACCUCCUACGCCAUUGCCAUGCACUUCAACCUUUCUACCAGCCAGGUCCCUGCCAAGACAGACUGUGUCAUGUUCUUUGGACCUGUGGUCCCAGAUGGUUAUGGCAUCUGCUACAACCCCAUGGAGGCCCAUAUCAACUUUUCUGUGUCAGCCUACAACAGCUGUGCUGAGACCAACGCUGCCCGCAUGGCUCACUACUUGGAGAAAGCUCUGCUGGACAUGCGCACCCUACUUCAGAACCACCCCAGAGCCAAGCUCUGAGCCCAGGCCUGCCGGUUCCACAGCCAAACCCACUUUGGAAUGGACACCUGCCAUGGCUCACUUCCUUGGCUCUAAUGCCCUCCAGUUUGAGCCAGAAAAGCAUUCUCUAGCAAGGCCCCAAGGUCCACGGCAAGUGCCUUCCAGGCCUGUCCUCAGCACCUGCCAUAGUCCAUGGCUGAGUCCAGAGGCUGAACAAGACUAAGGCCCAGAUCCCCAAUGUAUCCUCCACCUCCGUGAACCAUGGGGAAGGGAACCAGGCCAGCUCAUCCCUUCUCACAGCAGGGGCUGGGAAGAGUCCCUUUCCUCAACCCUGGCCAAUCUCUUUCAUCUCCACAGCCAGGCCAAAAUUUGUCUUCAUUGGUAAAUGCCCAAGGACCAGGAGUCAGAGGAUUAUCUAUUGAUGAGGGGCUCUCAGCCUCCCCAUAGCUAAGGGUUAAGUCUUUGUAGCCAAAGGGACAUCUGAGGACAGCCUCCACUGCCCCACCUCAAGGUGCCUUCUCCCAGCUGCCACACUCUGGUGACUCUUGAGCCCAAGACUUCUUGCUUCCUCCAUUCAGCGUGAUUCUUGUUGCAGUCAUGGUGACAUAAUGUGAUUAUGCCAGGUGAUCAAUAAAGGGAAGGAGUGCUGGUGAAGCUGAUUGAGCUGAGGGGCAGUUAGGGCAGAUGACUGACCUUGCCUUCUUCUGUCAGGUUCAGGGAGCUGGUAUCCAAGCAGGCAGUGUAGGCUAGUAAGCUCCCAGAGAAAACAUCCUCAGGCUGAGCUAGGAGAACUGAGGUGCUGAGCCAAGGAUGUCACCAAACACAAAUGAGCCAUCUUCCUGUCCUGGUUUAGGCCUUCCCAAAUCCUAUGAUUAGUAGAAUGCUAUGGAUCUAGGGUGGCAAACACUCCCCAGCCCAAAGCCAGGUGCAGCUGGCCUGCACUGAACUCAACCAGGAGGGAUAAUGGAGCAGGGAUACACUAGAGGCCCAGUCGAUACAAACAAAUGGGACUGGAAGUGGGCUGGAGAAGCACACUGACACCUGCUAGAGGGUACAUGUCCUGCUAAAGCCCCUGGGUCCAUAUGUGCUUGGAAUGUGGGGCUGGGAGGCUGGCACACCUGUGAAGGAAGUGCUUCACGACCUGGCUGACCUGUGUGGUUGCCUGCCACAUGUACCAGUUUUCCUAUGAUGAAACCACCUCAGAGAAGCUAAUGUCACUGCUACUAAAUGGCAGGCUCCCAAGGGUCCAUUAGUCAUCUGUAAGGCAGGGAAGGUCUGACAUUUUGAAGCUCAGCUCGCCCAGGUUCACACCACACCCCAGGGCAGCAAGUAUACAGAAAGGAACUGCUUAGCCAGGGUGCUAACAGGCUAACCAGAUUUCCCCAGGGAUGUGUCCUAGUUCUGACUAGGCCAAAGAGAAAAGCUGGACUCCACUGUAACUAAAAACUGUAACAGUAAUUUGAA